AGUUACAAGCAUAACACAUACUAUCCCCAAUUGCUAGCAGUAGCAUAACCCAUUCAUAGACGCUAACUACCAUGAGCGCCUAUAUUGAAGAUAUCUUCUGGUCGGCGAACUUUUGUUAAGAGCCCCGACUCUCGUUCUGAACGUUAAAACGCAUCGCUUGCGUUACGGUUUUUGUAAACAAAAGUAACGUACCUUUUCAUAUCACCGAUAAAUAAUCUUAAAUUACUACACCUUUUAUAGAGUUAGGGUUCCCACACAGCCAUAUGUCCAUGUUAGAGCGCUUGUUUACGGAAAACAGACGGAAGACAGGCGUACUAAUUAGCUAGCUAAGUCUCCGAAGACCUGUGUGUAAACGGAAGAAGACGCCACAAACGUGUUGUCACUGAACAAUACUGUCAGCUGCAACUGUUAAAACAGCGUACAUCACCAUCAUAAGUGGUCUCAUCAUGUUGAUCCUGUUCUUCUCAGAGUUGCAGUAUUAUCUCACUAAGGAGGUCCAUCCUGAAUUGUUUGUGGACACAUCACGAGGAGACAAACUGAAAAUCAACAUUGAUGUGAUAUUUCCUAACAUGCCAUGUGCCUAUCUAAGCAUUGAUGCCAUGGACGUUGCUGGAGAACAGCAGUUGGAUGUGGAACACAACCUGUUCAAGCAAAGGCUCGACAAGGACAGCAAUCCUGUCACUACAGAGGCAGAGAAGCACGAUUUGGGACAAGAGGAAGGUGACAUUUUUGACCCCAGUAAGCUAGAUCCUGAGCGCUGUGAAAGCUGCUACGGAGCAGAGAUGGAAGAUUUGAAGUGCUGUAACACCUGUGAUGAUGUACGAGAAGCCUAUCGCAGGCGGGGUUGGGCCUUCAAGAACCCCGACACCAUCGAGCAGUGCAAGAGGGAGGGCUUCAGCCAGAAGAUGCAGGAGCAGAAAAACGAGGGCUGCCAGAUCUACGGCUUUCUGGAGGUCAACAAGGUGGCAGGAAAUUUCCACUUUGCCCCUGGAAAGAGUUUCCAGCAGUCCCAUGUUCAUGUGCAUGCUGUGGAAAUUCAUGAUCUGCAGAGUUUUGGACUAGACAACAUCAACAUGACUCACUUUAUCAAGCAUCUAUCCUUCGGGAGAGACUACCCUGGUAUCGUCAAUCCUUUGGAUGGCACCGAUGUUGCAGCACCACAAGCAUCCAUGAUGUAUCAGUACUUUGUGAAGAUUGUCCCAACCAUCUACGUGAAAUGGGAUGGAGAGGUGGUUAAAACAAACCAAUUCUCUGUGACCCGACAUGAGAAAGUAGCCAAUGGGCUGAUCGGAGACCAGGGCUUACCUGGGGUGUUUGUAUUAUAUGAACUCUCCCCUAUGAUGGUGAAAUUCACAGAGAAACAGCGAUCAUUCACUCAUUUUCUCACAGGAGUGUGUGCCAUCAUAGGGGGUGUAUUUACAGUUGCUGGACUCAUUGAUUCAUUGAUAUACCACUCUGCAAAAGCCAUCCAGAAGAAGAUUGAACUGGGCAAAGCAUCUUAGUGGAGUGUUUGACACGAGCAAACCAGCCUGUUCAUCAGUCUCCGGAGGGGCCGAUCUGGAAAGGGGAAGUGACUACAAACUGACUCAUGCUUCCUAACAUGGAAAAAAAACACUAAGAAUCUGAAAAAUUUCCCUCAAUAUGGAAAGGAACUUUGACUGCUGUGUCUCCCAUGUUGUUUGUUUUACAUCCCCAUCCAUACAAAGAAUGAAAGACAGAAUCACUGACCAGAAGAGAGACCUAACCGAUUUUUUUUAACUCAUUUGAUUCAUCCCCAGUCCUAACAAACUGUACGUCUAUCAAUUGGUUCCCUGAUAUUUUAUUUUGCCAUUCUCAGCUACCCUAAACAUACUUUGGUGGCCAGUGGACAUAUUUAUCCUUAAGUUUAUCCCAAGCCUUAAUUUCUAAACAUGUACCAUUCUUUUACAUGUGUAUUGCUUCCCCAUCACAAAUUAAGUAUUUGAUAUGAUAUGUGACCCGGGCAGGGUGAAUGUGUUUUUUAAUGUGUGUUCAGGGGUGUAUUCAUUAGUGCAAACUGAAGCAAAAAGUUUGGCAAUGGAAACGAGAAUCUCUUAUUGGACAAGUUCAGGUAGGUCCCUCCCCGUUUUGGCCUGUUUGCUUCCAGUUGGUUCUUAGUGAAUACCCCAGAUUGAUGGAAGCUCUGCCUGUCGUUGAGAGGACUACUUGAGGAGACUGGAUUAUGCAGUUUAAUAAUGUUUUUGUUCAUUUGUUGUGAUUGCACAUUUUGAGAUCCUAUUCAGGGGCCUGGGUUGAGUGAAGGAGUGUGUGUGCAAGAGUGCACGCGUGUGUGAGUGCAUGUGGUGUCUGGUGCUGUGCACAGCCUAUUUUGUGUGUGGGAGAGAUGUAUUUAUAUUUUGAUUGUCCUCAACUGUUUUUAAAAUGACAAAUAAAUGUUGAAUACACCA